GACGAGCUCUGCGGUUCAGCUGCGCGGACAGAGUCCGGUCUGUUUGCGGCUGCUCCACGGGUUUUCAUUCUGAUGGGAAUGUGAGAGUUCUGAAGAGGGCUGAUCCAGCUGAGGAGGAGGAGAGCCGUGUAUAGGGCAUGGAUACAGCUAGCACCAUCGAGCACCGAGUCCAGGCAUGAUGAAGCGAAACACUUAACCACACAGGAGCUGCAGCAAACCGGAUCCGAUCCCGAGGCAGAUCUGAGACACAGCGUUAUUUUUCUCUACAUAGCCAUAUCAGUGCUAUAGACUGGCAGAGACGUGACCCAAGCAAUGUUUUCUGUUGGGAUGAUCAGGACAUCUACAGCCGUCCAGCCGUAAUUAGAGGAAAGGGACCAGAUGCAACACGUUGCUGGCUGACUGACUGACUGUCGGCUCCUGGGUGUCAUUCAUCCGGAUCAACAUUUAUCCUCUUCAUGGGAUGACGGCGUCCUUUGUGUUCUGCUGCAUCGCCGCCGUGCUGCCUGGCCUUUUCUCUCUUGCCGUAUCCAAUCUCACACUGGCCUCCUGACAUCUAUAAGGCUCAUGCGGCGCUUUGUUUACUGUAAGGUGGUGCUUACCACCUCGCUGGUCUGGGUGUUGGUAGAUGUCUUCCUGCUGCUGUACUUCAGCGAGUGUAACAAAUGUGACAACCGGAAGGACCGCUCACUUCUGCCUGCUCUCAGAGCCGUGAUAUCCAGAACUCAUGAGGGUCCAGGAGAGAUGGGGAAGGCUGUGAUCAUUCCGAAAGAGGACCAGGAGAAGAUGAAAGAACUCUUCAAAAUCAACCAGUUCAACCUGAUGGCCAGCGACAUGAUAGCACUCAACAGAAGUCUGCCUGAUGUGCGACUGGAUGGGUGUAAAACAAAGGUGUUCCCCGAUGACCUGCCCAACACCAGCAUUGUGAUUGUUUUCCACAACGAGGCGUGGAGCACACUCUUGCGUACUGUGCAUAGUGUCAUCAACCGAUCACCCAGGCAUCUGCUGGCUGAGAUCCUACUGGUGGAUGAUGCCAGUGAAAGAGAUUUCCUAAGGAAAAAGCUUGAGGACUAUGUGAAGACACUGGAAGUACCAGUGCGGAUCUUGCGGAUGGAGCAGCGUUCUGGUCUGAUCCGGGCAAGGCUGAGAGGAGCGGCUGCUACCAGAGGUCAGGUUAUCACCUUCCUGGAUGCGCACUGUGAAUGCACUGUGGGCUGGUUGGAACCACUGCUCGCCCGCAUUAAAGAAGACAGGAAGGCUGUGGUCUGCCCCAUCAUUGAUGUCAUCAGUGACGAGACUUUUGAGUACAUGGCGGGCUCAGACAUGACGUAUGGAGGCUUUAACUGGAAACUGAACUUCAGGUGGUACCCGGUUCCUCAGAGAGAGAUGGACCGACGCAAAGGAGAUCGCACCUUACCCGUCAGAACUCCCACCAUGGCUGGCGGUUUGUUUUCUAUUGACCGAUCCUAUUUUGAGGAGAUUGGCACCUAUGAUCCCGGGAUGGACAUUUGGGGAGGAGAGAACUUAGAAAUCUCUUUCAGGAUCUGGCAGUGUGGCGGCUCUCUGGAGAUCAUCACAUGUUCCCACGUAGGCCAUGUGUUUCGGAAGGCAACGCCUUACAGUUUCCCAGGCGGCACUGGCCAAGUGAUCAACAAGAACAACAGACGACUGGCUGAAGUCUGGAUGGAUGAAUUCAAAGACUUUUUUUACAUCAUAUCACCAGGUGUAGUGCGAGUGGACUACGGAGACGUAUCUGCUCGCAAGGCACUGAGAGAAGCUCUGCAGUGUAAACCUUUCUCCUGGUAUCUAGAGAACAUCUACCCUGACUCACAGAUACCCCGCAGAUACUACUCACUUGGAGAGAUCAGAAAUGUAGAGACCAACCAGUGUGUGGACAACAUGGGAAGGAAAGAGAAUGAAAAAGUUGGCUUCUUUAAUUGCCACGGGAUGGGUGGGAACCAGGUGUUUUCAUACACGGCAGAUAAAGAAAUCCGGACUGAUGACCUUUGUCUGGACGUGUCCCGUCUGAAUGGCCCCGUCAUCAUGCUGAAAUGCCACCACAUGAAAGGCAACCAGAUGUUUGAGUAUGAUGCUGAGCGCCUGACCCUGCUACAUGUGAACAGUAAUCAGUGUUUGGACAUGCCCUCGGAGGAGGAUAAAAUGGUUCCCACACUGAGGGACUGCAAUGGCAGUCGCUCGCAGCAGUGGCUCCUCAGAAACAUGACCUUAAGUAUGUGAAGUGAAUGAUAUAAACGAGCCAAGCUAAAGUCACAGGAUCUCACAUGGUCAUUACUGGAGCAUGAUCUGGCUUUUAACCUGCACUUUGGAUCUUCAAAUGCCUAUUGGAUGCUAUCAGACUUUCAGCAUCACAAAUGUGUUGAACUAUUAACUUUGCAAAUCAUUUAACACUUAUAAUGUGUUGUCUUGUCAAUGUAGCUGUGCACAUGUGCUAUACAGUAUUUCACCUGGAGGGCUUCCAGACAAAGUGCCCUCAAAAUGGAGCUUGAGCAAUUUGCUCUGGUUGUUUUAGUACUGUUGUGAAGAAAAGAAAGAAGAGAGCUUUUUGGAAACUUGUGGUGAUGGUGGGGAAUUGUUUUGCACUUUAUAUCAAAUAAGAAUUCAUAGUCAUGUCAGAGCUUUAUUGGCUGAACCGUUAGGGUCCUCAUCAUGCCAUAAUCACCAAACGAUAUACAGUAUUACAAUACAUAUAUAGCAACAAAUGGCCAUGUUGUCAACUCCUGGGUUCAUGCAGAAUGGAAUAGACCAUGAUUUGUUGUUUUUCUGAUUUUCCCACCACAUCUAUUGAGUUUUCUCACACACUCCAAUUGGCUAUUGCUCUUUGCUGCUGUUACAGCUUUUUGUGUGUUCUCACACAAACUGAUCUUUCAGUGUUAACACUUGAGAUAUGUGUGAUCACUCUGAGACUGGGUAAAAUGACCUGCUAAAGAUUCUGUUAAAGAUUCUAGUCAUGAAUCUGGUUGUUGAGAUCAAAAAAAUGCUGUAGUUUGUAAAGAGCUCCAGAAUAAAUUGGCUUGGGUCAUAAACCCAUGAUCCUAGAAUUGAAUGU